AUGGUUGCGUCAGCUAUCCGGAUGCGCACCCCGAGCGCCAUGUUCAUGUCCCGCGGCGCGGCGACUAUGCGCCGUCCCCAGGUCUCUUCCAAGCUCCAGGAAGUUAUGCAGACCCAAGCGCCUGCGCUCUCCGCUCUUUCCCGCUUCUACGCCUCCAAGUCAUUCCCCCCUCACACACUCAUUAGCAUGCCGGCUCUUUCGCCGACAAUGACUGCGGGAAACAUUGGUGUGUGGCAGAAGAAGGCUGGAGACGGCCUCCAGCCCGGUGAUGUUUUGGUUGAGAUCGAGACCGAUAAGGCGCAGAUGGACUUCGAAUUCCAGGAUGAGGGUGUCCUCGCCAAGGUCCUCAAGGACAGCGGCGAGAAGGAUGUCGCUGUUGGUUCGCCCAUUGCCGUCCUCGUUGAGGAGGGUGCCGAUGUUGCCGCCUUCGAGGCCUUCACCCUGGCCGAUGCUGGUGGUGACAAGGCCGCCCCCGCUGAGCAGGAAGCCCCCAAGAGCGCCGAGCCCGCUGCUCCCGCCCCUGCUGCGGAGGCGCCCGCCGCUGUGGAGCCCGAGAACUCCGACGAGAAGCUCCAGCCCAGUCUCGACCGUGAGCCCUCCAUCAACGCCGCCGCCAAGGCCCUGGCCCUCGAGAAGGGUGUGUCCAUCAAGGGCCUGAAGGGUACCGGCCGUGGUGGUGUCAUCACCAAGGAGGACGUUGAGAAGGCCCAGGCCGCUCCCGCCGCCACCGCCGCCGCUGGCGCCAGCUACGAGGAUCUCCCCGUCAGCUCCAUGCGCAAGACCAUUGCCAACCGCCUUAAGCAGUCCAUGGCCGAGAACCCCCACUACUUCGUGUCCACCACCCUCUCGGUCACCAAGCUUCUGAAGCUCCGCCAGGCCCUGAACGCCUCCUCCGAGGGCAAGUACAAGCUCUCCGUCAACGACUUCCUGGUCAAGGCCUGCGGUGUUGCCCUUCUCAAGGUGCCCCAGGUCAACUCCAGCUGGCGCGAGGAGAACGGCCAGGCCGUCAUCCGCCAGCACAACACCGUUGACAUCAGCGUUGCCGUCUCCACCCCCACUGGUCUGAUCACCCCCGUCGUCAAGAACGUCCAGGGUCUCGGUCUCUCCAGCAUCUCCAGCCAGGUCAAGGAUCUUGGCAAGCGUGCCCGUGACAACAAGCUCAAGCCCGAGGAGUACCAGGGCGGCACUUUCACCAUCUCCAACAUGGGCAUGAACGCCGCCGUCGAGCGCUUCACCGCUGUCAUCAACCCCCCACAGGCCGGUAUCCUGGCCGUCGGUACCACCCGCAAGGUCGCUAUCCCCGUCGAGACCGAGGAGGGCACCGUCACCGAGUGGGAUGACCAGAUCAUUGUCACCGGAUCCUUCGACCACAAGGUUGUCGAUGGCGCCGUUGGUGGUGAAUGGAUCAAGGAGCUGAAGAAGGUCGUUGAGAACCCUCUGGACCUUCUUCUCCGCGCUCCCCCUGUUGGUGGAGUCUACCAUGAUGAAUCAGAGAGCACUGCUUCUCUAAUCGACGUUGACGGACCCCACAUCCAGACUGUCGAAGCCGACUUCCUCGAGCAGGAUGUGCAAACCAGCACUCAAGCCGAGCGGUUGGAGCGCGAGGCCGAGGAGAAGGAGAAGCGCAAGCGCGAAGAGUCCGAGAAGAAGGCCAAUGCCCGCAAGGCCAAGGCCAGCGGUAUCAGCAGCAACACCUCCAACCCUGUCUUCCUUGCCAACGCCGCUAUCGCAACCAUCGUUGGCGCCGGUCUGGGCUUCGGUGCUUACAAGCAACACGCUCGCGGCAACCUCUCUUGGGAGCUGGUUGGUCUUUCCGCCGGUGCUGUUGGUGUCUUCGGUGCUGUGGACUACUUCGUGAGCAAGUAA